GCUGGUCCUGAUCACUGCCUUGUCUCCGUGUUUGUCUUGAUACUUGUGCCGUUGCUCCGCCUUCAGCGCCUUGAAUUGAAGAGUGGAUCCGCUGAGGAAGCAGACGGCGGACUGCGCUCAGGACGCACGAACACAGCUGACGAUGGCGGACAACAAGAUGGGCCCGAACCUCCAGGCUGGAGCCGGAUUCUUUGCCAAACGGGUCCAGAAGUCUUUGAAUCGAGCCCAGGAGAAGGUCCUUCAGAAACUGGGUAAAACCAUGGAAACCAAGGACGAACAGUUUGAGCUCUGUUUCCAGAACCUCAACAAACAACAGAUUGACGGGACCAGGUUGUUUAAAGAUGUCAAAGCCUACUAUGCAGCAGUGAAAGCCAUGCAUGAGACGUCCAAGCGGCUGUCCCAGACGUUGCGAGAAGUUUACGAAUCAGACUGGAACGGAGUGGAGGACCUCGCCCUUAUUACAGACAGUGAAGACUUGCUCUGGAACGACUAUGAGGAGAAGCUAAAUGACCAGAUGGUUCGCACCAUGGAGAACUAUACAAGCCAGUUCCCUGAGGUCAAGGAGCGAGUUGCUAAGCGUGGCCGCAAACUGGUGGACUACGAUUCAGCACGCCAUCACCUGGAGGCUCUACAGAGUGCCAAGAAGAAGGAUGAAGCCAAAAUAACCAAGGCAGAAGAGGAGUUCAACAAAGCCCAGAAUGUCUUUGAAGAAAUAAAUAAUGAGCUGAGAGAAGAGCUGCCUGUUCUCUAUCAGAGUCGGAUAGGUUGCUACGUGACAGUCUUCCAAAACAUAUCAAACCUGAGAGACGUCUUCUAUAAAGAAAUGAGCGUGCUGAAUCGUGACCUGUAUAAUGUGAUGAAGAAACUAGAGACUCAGCACUCGGGCAAAGCUUUCAUCGUCAAGGGUCUGGACAGUAACGCAUCCAGCAAGUCAAAGAAGAGAAAGUCCUUGCUUAUCUCCAAUCCCAUCCCCUGCAACACAGCAUUCCCAGCCGACCAUGUCUCCAUCCUUUCCUCUACCCAAAAUGGAAAAGACCCUGCACAUUCUUCCCCUGUCCAGCGGACUGAAAGCAUCUCUGAAGAACGCAGCCCGCCAGAAGAAAGCAGUGUUGCAUCUAAAAGUGUCAGCUCAUCAGACUCUGAUCUCAGCUCUACUGGCAUCAACACACCCAAGAGGCAGUCGGUCUGUGACAACGAGGGCAGCGACAGGAGCACAGGAAGUCACAGUCCAGAGGAAGCUCAGGCAGCAGCCGAGGCAGAAGCAGAGCUCGCUACAAACCAGUCAGAUGACUCCGGAGUGGGAGUGCUGAAGUCAGAGGCUGCAAGUCAGGAAGCGACUAGUCCGUCUGAUUCUGCAGAUAGCAACGACCCGCAGAGUCCUGAAGAAGACACAGCGAACGAUCCACCGUCAGAGGAGGCCAAGUCAAAACCUGCACCGGUUCCAGCCCCUCGUCGAUCUUUCCGCUCCACAGAGAGACACUCACCUGCCAAUAAGAAAGAGGAGACGGAGGAAGCAUCUGAAACACCUGAGACAGCUGAGUCAGAAGAAGACUCCAGUUCCCACAAUCCACCAGGCUUCCUAUACAAGGGGGUGGCGCUAGAGAGCCAUGCAGCGUCUGAUGAAGGCCUGCUGCAGUUUGAACAGGGAGAGGUCAUCCUGGUGCUCUCUGACUCUCUAGAGGAAGGCGUGGUGAGGGGGAUCAGGGAGGAGAGCUGGAAGCAGCACCGGGAUCUAGAAAAUCACUCGGGGAUCUUCUCGGAAAAACUCAUCGAGUCCAUUCAGGCAGAGUGAGCCAAUAGUCACUCCUCAGCCUGUCACACGUUGUUUCUUCUGACGUGCUGUAAUGGUGACUCAGACACACACACACCCACACAACACACACACACACACACACACACACACACACACACACACACACACACACACAGGGAGUGAGCACAUAUGUUUGGGGCGCAGGAGCUGUACAAACAAAUGAGCACAAGUCCCACGUGUUAUGAUGUUGCAACCUGAGGAACAAAUGCUUUUGAGCUGCAGAACAUUUUGUAAGAUGUUUGGAAAUUCUACAGUAUUUUGCUCUUUUUUUUUUUUUUUGUAUUUUUAACGUCUUUCCAUGAGACACUGUGAAACAUAAAAAGAAUCUUUUUAAGCUGAUAUUAUAAUCUUGUGUAAAAUGUUCUAAUAAAGUUCAAAGUAAAGCUG